CAAAUCAUUAAUAAGGUCAUUGACAACUAAUGGAUAUGCAGUGGUGGAAUUUACAGAAGAAAAGGAAGUUGAUGUGGUUCCUAUGAGGUGGUUAGCUGAAAAUGAAACUAUGUGCCAGUGGCCAACCUUUAGAAUGACAGCCAAAAUAAGAAAGGCAGUGAAGGCAAAUAUUGCCCCGAAUGCAGAAUUUAGACCUCUUCCAGUCAGGGUACUGGCAAAAACAACGGAGUACAACGAUGCACGGAAAAAACUGUCAAAAGCAACAUAUACAUCAGACUUGCAAACUGAUGCUGAAGAGAACGAGGAUAUUGGUUCCAGGAAGACCAAAAAACCAAGCCGUUUUGAGUCUUCAGAUUCAGAAGAAGUUGAGUGUGAUAAACAACAAGAUGAGGAACACCACCGACAACAGAUUAGAAAAUCUCCUCGAAAGAUUCAAAGGAAAAUUGCCCCCACCAAAUCUGCCAAGCCUUCCAGCUCCCCCAUGUCAGCCCUCGUCUUCAAAACCAACAAAAACUAA